GUUACGCCAUUCUUCUUGGUAAUCAGAGCUGGUUCUUCCUUCCCUACCCAUGUAGACUAGCCCUACCUCCCCUCCGCCGACCGAUGCCGACAACACCGGCGGCGUCACAACCUUCUUGGCUGCCGACCUCGCUGCUGCGGAAGCGGCGGCCGCUGCUUCUCCCCCGGCUCCGCGCGCAGCGCCCACCCCUGACCUUCCUUCGUCCGGCAACCUGCCCCUCACCACCAGUCCCCUUACCACCAUCCUCUCGCCGUCGCAGUGACCUUUGCUCCGGCUGAACCCCUCCCAUCCAGUAUCUCCCACAUAGUCGAUUUCAAACUCUCUCUCGACGGCGCUAACUUCAUCCGCUGGAGAAACUACUUCAAUGAUCAAUCUCAUCUUCGUCCGCUUCCACGCCGACGACCACAUCCGCGACGGUGCCGCUGCACCCCUCUCAAACCCGCGCUGGCGUGAUGACGACAACACAAUCGUCCUGUGGUUUUUUGCCACCAUCGCCGGCGAUCUUCUCGACGUCGUCGCACCGGCGGGCUCCACCGCCUACACCAUCUGGCGGCGCCUCCACGAGUACUUCCUAGAGAACGAGGCAGAGCUUGUGAUGCACCUUGGCCAGGAGUUCCGGGCGGCCGUGCGCGGGGACCAGUCGAUCAAUGACUAUUUCCACCGCCUCCAAGGCCUCGCUGCGGCCCUCGCUGAUGUUCGGGAACAGGUCACCGACCGUACCCUUACCUUGCAGAUGUCGGACGGUCUCGGCAAGAAAUUCGAGCUCCAAGCGGCGAUCAUCCAGUCCACCGUCCCGCUGCCCACCUUCGCCCAAGCUCGGUCCCGUCUGGUGCUAGCCGAGCUCGCCCUCGACAAGCGGGCGCGCGCCGAGGGCGCGCAGAUCCUUGCUGUCCACUCCGGCAACAAUCGUGGUGGUGACCGCAACGGCGGCCGCGGUGGCGAUCGCGGCUAUCGUUCUGCUCAAGGCGGGGGUGACCGCGGCCCUCCUGGCGGUGGUGGAGUUGGCCGCGGUGCUGACCGUGCUGCUCGUGGCAGAAACCGUGGUGGUGGCCGCGGGGGCGUGGCCGUGGCCGUGGUCGCGGUGACGCUCCCACGGUGGCUGGGCCACCCAGCAACCCUGGCUGGGGUAUUUCGCGCCCAUGGGCAUGCCCUUCCCCCCACCGCGUGCUCCUUGGAUCCCGCCGAACUCGGCCGGCGUCCUCGGCCCCCGCCCUGGUGCGCCCACGCACGCCUACCCCGUGAUGCAGCCUUCUGCUCCGCCCGUGCCCUACUCCACGCCGUACUCAUGGGACGCCUCGGCGAUGUUCCACUCUGCGCCAAGCUACGGGGCGGCCUUCCCUGCUCAAGCCGAGUGGAUUAUGGACACGGGCGCAUCAUCCGAUGUCACUGGGAACCCAGGACCUUCAAACCAAGGCGGUCCUUCUGAGGUGCAAUAGCUCCGGCGACCUCUACCGCUUCUUCGGCAACCACGGCGACACCCCUCUCGUGGCCUUCACUACCACCUCAUCGGAUCUUUGGCAUAAGCGGCUCGGCAAUCCGGACUCCUCUACAUUAGUUUUAUUUUCCCUUUGAUGUUCCACCAAGAUGUAAUAAAGCUUCCUUGUCGCCACUUUGUACCGCUUGCCAAUUGGGCAAGCACACAUGACUUCCGUUUCCUACCUCUACCUCUUAUACCACCGUGCCAUUUCAACUCUUGCAUUGCGAUUUGUGGACCUCACCGAUCAUUAGUUUUUCGG